AGUACCGAAAAUCCUGUAGGGCCAACAGGCAACAAUAAAAUCGUAGCGUUCUCUCGCUUUUCCCACAGUAAUAAAUCGAAGACGUUACAAAAGGUAUUUCUCACUCCCAUUCAACAGCACAUGAAAAAUCCCACAAAAAACGAGUACAUUUCUGUCAGCUUUGUGAAUCUUUUUGAUGUAGUGUACAGGAAGAUUCGUCGCGGGAGUGUGGUGUGCUUGCAGACGCCGGCAAACCUUUAUGUGUAAACAACGUUUGUGGCGAAAUAUAUUGGUAAAUAACAGUGUUAUAACUCAAAUCGACCAUUUUUAAAGUGAAUUGUGGCUCAAGAUGGAUAUAAAUGGUCGUUGGUUCACUACGCCUGAAGAAUCAGAUAUGCUGAGAGGGGAAAAUGGAAGUGUUUAGCAGCCCCUAACCUCCACGUUGAUGUUUACUCUUCAAGAAUUUAUAUUUUGCUAUUAAUUGCUAAUGGUACGACAACAAUAAUUGAUAUUGAGGAUUGACAUCAGCACCGUGUGGGCCUGUAAAUGAAAGCUAACCUCUACCAUUUGCGCCGUGCACAAUUACUUGUCAGUGAAGAGAACUUGACUCUGGAUGAUACGAAGGUUUUGCCAGCUUCACUGCGUGUGCAAUUGCUUUCACAGCUUCAGCAACUUCUAUGGUUGGCAACAGUUUGGAUGAAUCAGAGAUGCUUGAUGUCAUCGUGUGGUCAAGAUGAAGCGGAUAUUGGGCCUCUGUGUGCAGCCGUCCCUUACAAUCCAAGCAGUUGCCAAGGAUCCUCCAGCUCUUCAUUGAGAUCCAGCCACAGGACCUCCUCCACCACUUGGCUUUGUUGAAGUGCCCUGGCUUCUAGAGACUCCAGCAACUCUUCCAUUGAAACAAGGUUAACAGCCUCAUCAUCACGGCAGUUUUUUCCUUUUGAUAAAGCUGUGAUGUUUUUGACGAAGGACCUCAUAAAGGCUGAUGGAAUUUCUGCUGCCGAAGGAUUUCCGUUGUGCCCAAGAUUACCACGAAUGCCACAGAAAAGAUUUUCCUCACAAUCUUGAUUGAUGUGGCCGACUGGAAUUGCCAAUGCUCCAUCUCAAACAAAAGCUGGUUCCAAAGUUGGAUGUGGGCACUGGAUGCAGACAAGGCACAUUUAAAAUCAUCGGGUGCAGGAUUUUCUUCAUAGAUAGUGCCAUUAAAUGAGUCAAAAAAAUUA